AUGUUUACUCAUGUUAUUGGACGUAGUUUCGUAUAUUGUCUUAUUCGACGAUCACUUUCAAUACUUACUAACAAUUCUAUAUUACUUCCAUCACUCAUACGCAUUUAUAUCGUAGGUAGUGGUCCAUCUGGUUUUUAUUUAACACAAAAUUUAGUUAAACUUCGCCACACAAUACCAACAACAAUUGAUAUUAUUGAAAAAUCGCCUUCAUUUUUUGGUCUUGUUCGAUAUAAUGAUGCUUCACAUGAUCAUCCUGCAGUAGAAAAUGUUAUAUAA